CGUCGCCGUCGUAUUUCCCCCGAUGGCGACGCCCGAGGAGCAAAAGUUUCAGGUCUACAACCAGGCGCUCCUGCACGCGUCGACGUGCCGGCUGCCCGAAUGCAGUAGCCACGACGGCCGGUGCCACAAGGUGCGCGCGUCCAUCAACCACUUUAGCCAGUGCUACGCCAAGCGGCGCACGACGUCGCGCAUCGACGAGAUCGAAGAGUGCAAGCACUGCGGCAAGAUCUUUGGCCUGCUCUGCUACCACGCCAAGGUGUGCAUGGCCACCGACAAGUGCCAAGUGCACAUGUGCGACUACCUCCGGCGAAAGAUGGGCCAGCAAGCGGCUGCGGCGCGUGGCCCGGCGCCCGAGGCGUGGCCGAUCGAGCGCCGGCUGGCACAGGCCGAGCAGGACCGGGUCCAGAUCUUGGAGCUCCUGCGACACAUUGUGAGGCAAAAGUACGCCAACGGCGACGAAAUCCAGCCCUACUACCAGCAGUUCCUGCAUUAACACGCCGCGUAUAAUAUACAAACUGUUCGUG